AUGGUGGGCGCUUGUCAAAAUUCGUGGGUGGGGUGGGCGCUCGUCGCUUUUCGUAUGUGCUCGGGGUGGGCGCUCGUCUGCUGUUGUGGUGAGGACGGAGGAAUGGGGUGGUUGGGCAAACACACGUACUAUUUGCCCAUGACGUGGCAACGUCAUGGGCGCCGUCCCUCGUUCUUGGCUCGUCAUUCUGCAUACCCAUACGUUUGCAUGGGCGCCAUUGUCGUUCGUGGCAUGGGUGUGCCGUUCCUCGUUAGCGGGAGUGAUGUGGCAUGGGCGGUGUCGACGGUGGGCGGUGUUGAUGGUAGGCGGCGUCGACGGUGGGCGGUAUCGAUGGUGGGCGGUGUCGUCUACAGUCCAGUGGACUCCACUGGACUCCACUGGACUGCUGAAAUUAGUAUAAUUGGACUCCAGUGGACUCCAGUGAACUCUGACUGGACUCUCAGUCCACUGGACUGGGACUGGACUCUGAAAAGUGGCUGGCAGUCCAUGGACUGGGCAUUGUACCAGCCAAUCUGGCCUGGCAAAAGGGUGACUGGAAUCCAGUGGAGUCCACUGGAGUCCAUCUGGAUUACGUGGGGGAUGGUAAAGACCUCCACAAAUUCUACGAAGGCAAUCUUUGAGGUUCGGCUCAAGGAUGAUAACCGCAUUGUAGACAUGAAGGAAGAUUUACUAAAAGGCAACCCUUUGGUACUUGCAUACCUCUGGCAAAAUGCACCGUCGAAACUCAAACAAGAUCUUUCCGCAAUCGCCAAACCAUCAAUCGCUGCAUCUUCUUUCCAAACGGCAGAGUCUAGUACACAUGUUAAUACACCUUCCAGUGCUUCUCUAACAGCGCUCCUGGACAAUGCUCACAUCGGGGCACUGCAGCCAAACUCUGUAGAAGAACGGCAUAAUGUGGAUGAACCUGGUGCUCUGGCUAAUGUGAUUUCAGGUGUCCAGCCGGAUAAGUCUCAGGGACGAAACAGCACUCCCCAAUCUUCUGAAACUCUUAGCUGCUCUGGUUCAGAACCUCAUAACAGCGUUGAUGGGCUUGAUAGCACUCCAGACGGUCUUGGCGAUACUCUAGCUGCUCAGAACAUCAUUCCUUCCAACGAUCAAGGUAGCUCUCCCUCUAGACCAUCUUCCGGUGCCCAGCGAAACCGUUCAAGCCAGUCCAACAAUCGAGAUAAUCUAGAUAUACCUCAGAGAAAUGCCAAUUGUCUUGCAGCAACACGAGGAAGAAGGAAACGACCACAUCAAGAAGUUGAACCUGUGGAGAACGAAGUUUAUGAAGUGGAAGCAAUAGUGGGAUUUGCCUAUGAUGAUGAUAACGUUCCAUACUGGGAAAUUAGCUGGAAGGGAUAUGACGACACAACUUGGGAAACAUUUGACAAACUUCAACAACUUGAAAGGGGAUGCAUGGACAUCUUCUCCCAAUAUAAUGAAGUUCAAGGAAUCCACCCAAUGGACUACGAACAGGCUCUGCCAUCUAUCCAGGCAGUAAUACCGGAUGAACGUUGUCUCAAAAGGCGCAAGAUCGAACUGGGUCUUCUUUCUGGUAAUAUUGCUAAGCUUGAGUGCAUCCUAGAUGGUAAGAUGCUUGCUAAUGAGCUCAAGGUCCUGGUCAAUGAGAAUGGAAAAAUGACUGAUUGCCUCGCAUUCUCAUCCUCAGAUACUGGGGAUAUGGUCUCACUCUUGGUUGAGCAAAAUGAUAUCCAAAACUUCUUCGAAACCUAUCUGCAUUUGGACUCCAGAUGGACUCCGGCGGACUCCAGAUGGAUUACUGCUGUUCAUCCAGAUUUUUUCUCUGGUGGCAACCCAGCCAAACUGGAGUCCAGGUCCACCAUUUGGACUGCAUGGACUCCACCUCAUAACACAGUCAACCAGCCAGACUCCAUAUGGAGUCCAGAAAGAGUUUACAAUUUCUGUUUAUUUAUUAUUGUUAUUAUUAUUAGACCAGAAAAAAAGAAUGCCAUGACCGGGAAUUGA